AUGUCAUCAGUCGUUUUAGCCAAUGCUUUAUUAAGAGACAUUAGUAAACGUUAUGAAAAUGCAGAUGAUUAUGAUGUGAAUCUUUACGUUGGUGAAGAACCAGAAAUCGAAGUUUUUCAAGCUCAUUCUUUUAUCUUACGAGCUAGGUCUGCAUAUUUUCGUGCCGCAUUAUCUAAUAAUUGGGUAAAAAAAGAAAAUGAUAAAAUUUCCUUUAGAAAACCAAAUAUUUCACCUAAAUUGUUUGGACCUAUCUUAAAGUAUAUGUAUACAAGUAGUAUCGAACUAAAUAUAGAGUCAGCAAAUAGGCAGGAAUAUUUUGAGCUUAUAGCAGCAGCAGAUGAAUUGACACUUACAGAAUUAGUUGAUCAUAUACAAGAGCAUAUAAUUUCGAAUGAAAAAGGAUGGUUACUCGAAAAUUUUGUUCAAGUCUUUCAAAAAAUUUCCACAUAUGAAGCGAUGCGUAAACUUCAAGAUUAUUGUGCAGAAUUAAUUUGUAAUGACCCGUCAGUCGUUUUUACAUCGGAUUUUGGAUCACUUGAAGAGCCAGCCUUAUUAGCAUUAUUACAACGACAACCUAAAUAUACAUCGGUAUUACCACCUCGAAUGGGUCUAAGGCCAGACUCAGUCAUAAUAACAUCACAACACGCAGCAAUUAUUGCAAACUGGAUUUACAAUAAACCUAGAGAUACAUACAAGCCUCAUGAGAUACCAUAUCAUUUUAAAUUGUUAAUUCGUGGCAGUCGGGAUGGUUUUACACAAGAAGAAUUUCAUAAACGUUGCGAUCAUAAAGGAGCAAACAUUGUAGUUGUUAAGGUAGAAGGAGCACCUAUAGUUGUUGGUGGAUAUAAUCCCCUUGGAUGGACAUCAGCUAAUGAUUGGAGACAAACAAGCGAAAGUUUUAUAUUUUCACUAAACAAGCAACUAAAGACAACAAUAAUGGGCCGAGUGAGGAAUCCUAAUUGUGCUAUCCGGGAUACAGUUUCAAAGCAGUGGAUCGGAUUUGGAGUAGGAGAUCUUCAUUUUCUUGAUGGAUCAUGUAGUCCGAAUGAUUACGAUGCAAAAAUUUUAGAUUCAACAAGAUACAUUGUUGAGGAUUAUGAAGUCUUUCAGAUUUUGAAUAAAGUUAAACCAGGUAAUGGUAUGAAAGAUAGACCAUCAAAGCCAACAUCUAUUUUCGGAUUCAUGUGA